AUGGACGGCGAUAACGAGAAGAAGAGCGAGGUGCAGACAGCAGACAGUUCUACCCCCGUCCCCGCAAUCCAGGACGCUGACUUCCCAGAGGGCGGCUUAGCGGCUUGGUCGGUGGUAUGGGGUGGUUUCUUUGCAUUUAUCGCAACAUUCGGGGUGGUCAAUGCUUAUGGUGUAUUCCAAGACUAUUACACGACGUCGAUGAUGUCUGAGUAUUCCUCGUCCACGAUUGCGCUUAUUGGCGCUAUCCAGCUAUUUUUCCUUUAUGGAGGAGGCCCUGUAGUCGGCAGGAUAUACGACGCGUAUGGAAUUAGUGUCCUCAUUCCAUUGGGGUCAUUCCUGAUCGUAUUCUCCCUAAUGAUGGUCUCACUUGUACAACCCGGAAAAGUAUACCAACUAUUUCUCUCGCAAGGUCUACUGUUUGGGAUGGGUCUGGCUUGCAUUUUUAAUCCGUCCCUUGCCGUCGUUGGGCAUUGGUUCCGACGGAAAAGAGCGUAUGCAAUUGGCAUUGUUGCGUCCGGUAGUUCAGUCGGUGGAGUAUUCUUCCCCGUCAUGUUGCAACGCCUCAUUCCCACUGUCGGCUUCCCGUGGGCUGUCCGCUCUGUCGCGUUCAUCUGCCUCGCCUGUCUUUCGAUAUCUUGUGCAACUAUGCGCACUCGUCUUCCGCCUUCACGAAAUAUCAGCCUAAGAGGGUUUUUCGAUAUUGGGGGCUUCCGUGACUGGAAAUAUCUGUCUGCAGGGAUUGCUGCCUUUCUGGUCUUCUACUCCCUAUUCAUCCCAUACUUCUACAUCCAAAUUUUCGCGGAUUUCCAGGGGAUUCCUAAUAGCUAUGCAAUCUACCUCUUGCCGAUCAUCAAUGCGUUUGGAUUACCCUCUCGCAUAAUUCCCGGGAUUUUGGCUGAUAGAUGGGGCUGCCUGAACGUACUUGUACCAUCGACAUUGAUCGCAAGCAUAUUUACGCUGGCACUGUGGCUGCCAGCUCGCACGUCUGCAGAAAUCACGGCGUUUUCUGCUAUGUAUGGCUUGUUUACGGGCGCAUUCGUGUCUCUCCUGCCAGCGUACGUAUACACCAUUUCUCCUCUAGAAGUGUACGGCGCUCGACUUGGAUCCAUGUAUCUACUUGUGGGUAUUGCCAACCUGGUAGGCACACCCACAGCCGGCGCCUUCGUAGAGACCGUAACUCAAUCUGGGUUCAACAACCUGAUUAUUUUCACUGGUAUCCUCAUGGCUGCGGGAUCCCUACUCCUGGGCGGAGUAGGUGUUCUAACAGCCUUACAAAAUCGACGAGCGGCGAAGGCAUCAUCAUUAGCAAGUUCGCUCUCAUCGUGA